AUAUAUAUUUAAAAAAUCUGUUCGCAUUUAGCUGGGUCACCCUGUAUAUAUGUGUGGGGGGAGGGUGACAUGAGCACGGUUUUCCCGAUGUUGGGUCUCGGGUGUGUUGAUGUUGGCGUGGUAGCGGGUCAAAGGUGGGACACAGUGAGGGAAGCAGAUACUGUACAAGUUUAUUUACAGUGACAUGGUCAGAGCGGGAAUUAGAGCAAUGGGCAAUGGCGCCCAUCGCUUAUAAAGGUUUUACAACGGGGUCGCCCUUGACAGGUUCUGCGUAACUGGUCUAGCUCCCCCUAAAGCGAAGCGGUUCCCAUGGGAUGCAGAGUGCGGCGCCUUUCUUCCCUGGCUUUAAACUCGAUAUCUCGGCGCCGUGCGAAUGAUCAACAUAAGACGCAGCAGAAUUUAAGUCCUGUCAGCAGCUUUUUACUUUUCCUUCCACUACAUGUCUGUAGAAUAUUCUGCGGGGAUAUCCCUCGCGUGAGUACACGGUUAUAGUGCUUAAAAACACCAUGGAUUAAUUCAGAUGGCACCCGGAUUAAAUGAAAUGGCAUCUGGAUUCUUUCAGAUGGCGCCCGGAUUAAACUGAAUGGCGCUCGGAUUAUUUCAGAUGGUACCUGGACUAAUUCAGAUGGCACUUGGACUAAAAUGAACGGAAGAACCUGUAUAACGUAAUUAAAUGAUAGCAGUUGAGGAACUACAGAGUACCAUGAAAUACAUAAUAUUUCAUGUUUAAUAUUUCAUGUUGUCUAGUUUGGUUGGCCCCUUGCUUGACUGUCUUGUGGACAUCUUGAAUCGUUCAACACAGUAUUUGAGAUGUUCUUAAUAGCACACGAUGGAUCGAUAUUUUUGUUUGAGGCCCAGCAGCCUAAGGCUUCUGGAAAGCUGAAAAGACACAAGUAAAUAUGCAUGUAAUUGCAACAUGCAAUAUGUAAUGGACCUUUUCCAUAUUUGCAUCGCCCCUGGCGGUGGAAUGUCGAACGUCGUGUCUUUCCCCUCAAUAAUGGUGACGCUUUACGAACUGGCACGUACGUUCCGUGGGAAAGUAGCAAAAGAAGAUUGGAAGAAAAAUGCGGAAAGAGUGAAAGCGCAUUGUACUGAUUACCAGACCUCAAACGUCCGCGUAACCUUGAAACCGAUUAUCUCCCCACAAUGAACAUGACAGUCGCCCGCAGGUGGGUCCAUGGCGAUGUUUUCCGCUCAAAGAUGGCGGACUCAAGGGCGGGGCAUGCGCAUAAGUGUUGUCGGAGAUGAUCCAUUGUAGUGUGUGCCUGGACAGUCACUCAAUUUGAGCAGUCGUGGCCCCGGAAAGCACGCGAUUCUCUCAACAUUUCCGUUGUGCAGUAGCUGUGCAUUUCAACUAAGAGAUUCGCCGGCUUUCGGAGGCAAUGAGUACUACUCUGGCGCGCUACGCUGGUUAGAGAACAUCAGUGGUGUGAAGGAUCUAGAAAACGAGAAUGAACGUGUGCCGUUGUGAAAAAACUAGCUGGUAACGUUAGCAUAGACCGGAUGUUACUCGUAAAACAGUAUGCACUUCCAGGUGCCACGAAUGUAACGCGGAACAAAGAGAAGAGGUUCUAGUGGAAGUGAUAUUUCUAAAUGGUAAACAAGUAAAAGCACGUCAGCAUGGUUCUCACGAUAAAGCGGCCUCCAGAGUUGUAGCCAAACUGUAAUCCCAUGACACACGUCCAGCCGUACUGAACGUACUACUUUCGUACUCGUAACUUACAGACAAAUCCUUUAAAUUAUACGAACAACGUCUAUGUCACACAUCACGCUAAGAACAUAAGGAGCGAAAAUAUCAGUUCAGGCGUGCUGCUAAGCAAGCGACCGUUAGACAUACACAGUAAAUGCACCAUUCAUCGCCAGACCAGGAACGCGCAAAAUACAAAUAUAACAAUCCCAAAUUAUAUUUCGUUAAUACUAACGAACCUUACCGAUAAUUGAAUUAUGAUUUUUUCUACUAUAAGGUUACUUUCUGACCGUUCCUAUUACUUCGUCUUGCAAUCCUCAUAGAAACCUGUACCGGUACCGAAACCGGAAGUUCCCGCAAACAUGUAAAGUGGUCCAGUUUGAACCGGCACCACUUCACUUCCAGUUGCCAUCAGCCCAGCUUGAACUGGCACCUGUUCACUUCCCAGUUGCCACCAGUCCAGCAUGAACUGGUACCACCAAGUACCCAGUUGCCAAGAGCCCAGCUUGACCUGGUACAAGUUUACUUUCCAGUUGCCACCAGUUUGGUGCCAGUUGGUGCAAACUGGGAACGAACUGUACCAGUCGACUUCCUAGCUCAUUUUUUCGCCUGGGUCUACGGUACCGUCGGGGCAUCACCGGACUUCCCUCUUGUAUGGCGACUAUUACGCCUUUACUUUUGCCGUGCGCGGAAUUUCUAAUUACUGCGCAGGCAAAAUUCUCUUGGGUAUGUUUUCUAGUAUUUGUGUUACGGGCUUUGAGUACACUCAUUCCAAAACUCGCGGUGGUCUGUGCCUGAUUGACAUUGGUCAGAAAGAAUAGAUGUAGUUGCUGGUAGGUUGUCCCUAGAAAAACUACUAUUGUAUGUCGUCUCGCAAUUUUUAUUCCAUUUCUACACUGAAAUCACGAGUGAAACGAAAUAAAAUUGGGAACGAUGGACCUUUUGUGUGUAAGCAUAUGCGCAUGCUUCCCCAUUUUUUUCUUUUUCUAUCACAUCACAUCACAUAUGCGCAUGCUCAGCCACGGCUGCCAUGUUUUGGGGUAAGUAAUUGUUGUCAAGGUUGCGCAGACGUUCAAGGCCAGCACUUGACUACGCUUUGUACUCGUAUUCAGUACAAUACGCUUUCAGUCUUUCCGCAUUCUUUUUGCGAUAUUUUCCAAGGUACAUAUAAAUGGUAGCGAAGGCGAGAAAAAAUACCAAAUCUGUGUUAGCAACACUGCGCCCUUCAUGAUACACAUGCGAGCGUGGUUGUUGAGGGGCAAACUACGAACGUAAACAAAAAUAAUUUGAUCGGAGGCGCGAAUAAUGUGUGUAUUAAUCCAAUAUGCAUAUUUUUAAUAUAGCAAUUCGCCCGGUCUGCCAGUAAUACGUAAGAUUAUAGACAGAGCCGAGUACGCUUCCGGUUCCUGUCCCUCAGCAUGUUGUUAGCUACGAGCUUGCGUACGUUGACUGCGCGCUUUGUGAUUGUUGAUAGCCGUUUUCUUCUUCAUCGUCGUCUUUUCAAUUUCAAACCACCAAGUCAAACAGGGGACACUUCUCGGAGAACUAAGGUAAGGCAGGCACACACGAACAAUGGUAAAACACAACAGAACGCCGGUAAACCUGUUCCUGCAGGCUCUACCGGGAGACGCACCAUGUCGAGGCGCUACAUAAGCGGUGCCUCCUGAAGGAGAAAGGAAACUGUGACGCCGAUGACACUAUGGGCGGUAUAAGUUUCCACCGUCUUCCUCGGGACCCCUUGAGGUGAGUUCCUAUAUAUUAUAAGUAGGUCUACGGCCGAGAACGGAGCUGAGUCACUUGGUUGAGGACGUGCAGUGUUUGCUGAAGUAAAAUGCGUACCUCUCCCCCCGAGUUUUAUUGAGAGCGGUGAAGUGAACAUAGUGCAAGUUACAUAAGAUUAAUAGCGUUUCAAUGGUAUCACCUGUUUUCCAGCUUUCAGUCUGUAUGGACACUCCCUGGAUAGGUCAUCCUUCCACAGUGAGGUGGUACAAGGCGUGGCUGGAGUUUUGCAACCUGGAGGCGGAUACGAGUCUAAUUUCCAUUCGCUCUAAGGUCCUGUGCUCCCAGCACUUCGCACCAGUUGCUUAUUUGCGCACAGGAAGGCUUCGGUGGGAUGCAGUUCCUACAUUGAAGCGCACACUGCAUGGCGUUGGAGGAAGUAGUGCCUACGCCAAUCAGAGCAGACUUGAAAGCAGUGGGCCUUCAACGGAGGAACGUGUGCAAGCUGUGGUAGCCUGCGAUGACGACAGCACAGGAGCAAUACACCUUCACAAGAUGAGUCAUCCUUGCCAUGCUGAAGAGUGUGGUACUGAAGAAAGUCAGCAACAGCGUGAUCUGUCUCAUCAGGACCAUAGCUACGCACAACACGCACCAGCCUUGUCAACACAGAGCACUGUUGUCUCCCCACUAGCUGCAGUUGUCACUCCUCUGCCAGGAACGUCGUCUGGUGUACUGCGUGCAGUCUCGUCACCUCAGCACUUAGGAGGUGGAAGUGGCUGGCAUCCCCCCAAAGAUUGCCCAUCGUCCAGUAGUCUAGCAGCUCCAGCACAGCCAACAAAAGGCAAGCUGGAUAACCUCCGCAAGAAAGUGCACCAGUUGCAAGCCCUGUGUUCAGCACCUGUGUUCAUAGAUACCUAGCAUACAUUUUCUAUUUUGAAUCUUCA